AUGAACGGCAAACUAUGGAUUACAAAGUACCAUAUGAUACAUAACCACUCACCUCUGCCUGAAACUGUAAAAAUCGAUCAGAGUGUUCGCAGACUUCAGGUUCAGGAAUCUGGUAAAGACGAACUCGUUAUUAGUGAUGAUGUACAGGUCGUACUGGACGACAUUGUUGACCAGCUCCCAAAACAUGAUAUAUCCUUUGAUUCGAGUAGAGGUGAGGGAUCUUCUAAUGGUCAUCUAUGGAUAGGUUCGCCAGGCAAGACGCAAUCAAGACCAAUUCAGGAACGUAAGGCUGCCGCGAGAGAUCGUCUGGCCGCUAGAACUAAGAAGGCUCGCGGCUUGAAGUUGGCUCCCUGUCUCCGUCGGUUGGCCGAACUAGCCGCCGGUGGUUCUGGUCCCGAUUUCCACAAACACCUCGGUGAGCUGGAAGCCCUUGUUGAAAUUUGGAAACAUGGAGGUAUAUCGUCACUAGCUUCUGGAAGUUCAAGUUGUGUUUAUGCUGGCAGCAAUUCCGUGACACCCUCACAAACCGACUCCAUUGCGAUUGCAAAGGCAGUCGAAAACCUUUUUCGGAAACAGAAGGCCAUGGAUAAUUCCACUGGCCCUGUUACUGGAACAACGGUAAAGUUGCCUGGCCGCCCUCCAAAAGCUGCUCAAAUAGUCACUCCGGUUGUGACUGGUAGUACGGUUUCGGUUAUUCAGUCUUCUCCGCAACCGGUUGUAUUAAAGCAAGCUCUUGGUUCUCAAUCUGGUGCCUUUAUCAGCAGCCCAGGCGUUGUCACCCUUCCCUCUACUGCGGUUGCAACCCUCCCAAAGGAUGUUGUAAUAGCAGAUGCUGGAAAUGGCCAGUUACAGCUGAUUAAUAGUGCCUCCAUCAUUACGACGGCUGGUCAAAAAGGGGAUAACGGAGUGGCUGAGGGACAGCCCAUUUUAGGCUAUGUAAUUCAGCCCAUGACUUCGCUGUCUGGUGGGCAAACGAUUAUCCCAACAGCUGCAGUGGUCACGCCGACGAAUUUUGUACCCAUCGCUCCUAAACUCCCCGUCAGCGAGUCGCCAAUGCAGUCGUUUCAACCCAUUCCUCCGCCCCCACCUAAGGUUGUUCGGCCGCCAAUGCCGAUAUGCAAACCAAAGGUGAUGAAACCUCGAGGCAGACAGCCGAAGUUAAAAUCUGGUUUGGCUGAGGGACUGUUGACGGCGUCCGAGGGACCGGUGGUGACGCGGUUUGUGGACAACGGUCAGCCGAAGCCGUGGACGCCCAUGAUCAUGGAGGGCGAUUCUUGCUCCUAUUUCCUGUUUGUUGAGGAUGCAAAUUACUACUAUUCUCCGGAGGAAGAUGCUUGGCUACCCCUUGAUCAACGAACCAUGGCAGUGGAUGCAUGA